GGACCGGCGGGCUUGCGACAGUAGGAGAGAUUCUUCGGCCCCGCCCCCCCCCGCAGCGACAGGGAGGCGUGGUACGCGCCAAAAUGGCGGCCUCCAUGUUCCAGCGAGGGUUGCUGUGGAGCAGGGCUGGAGUUAGUCGCUGGAGAGCGGUGGAUAAAAGAUGUAUUCUUUCGGCAGCUUAUAUGGACACUACAACAUGGGAGCAAAGAGAAAAAGAACAGCACAGGUUGGCUGAUUUAGCCAAUUUGAUGGACACAACUUAUGACAGAAAGCUUCCUGUCAGCUCUCUUACUAUAUCUCGGUUUGUAGAUAAUAUUGCUUCACGUGAGCAAGUGGAUCAAGCUGAAUACUAUCUUUACAAGUUUCGUCACAGCAGUAAUUGCUUGUACUUAAGAGACUGGACCAUUCACAGCUGGAUUAGGCAGUGCCUUAAGUUUGGUGCACAGGAUAAGGCUCUAUACACUAUAAAAAAUAAGGUACAAUAUGGAAUAUUCCCAGAUAAUUUUACAUUCAAUCUUUUAUUGAAUACGUUUAUAAAAGAUGAGAAGUAUGAAGAUGCUAUGUCUGUAGUCUCCGAGAUAAUGAUACAAGAAGGUUUUGAUGAAGAGUCUACACAACUUCUCUCUCUCUAUGUCAUGUAUAAAUAUUUGGAAAUUAAACCAGAACUUACGUGGGUGGAAGAAAAGAAUCUUGGGGCAUCCCUCUUGUUAGCAGGCUUGAAACAGAACAACACAGUGGGAUUCAGUUCUCAACUGUAUGCCCAUUCACUUCUUGGAAAAGUGGAGUUGCACAAGGGGCUGCAAGCUGUGUACACCUUGAUGCCUCUCAUGUGGACUCCCGGGUACCUGAACAGAGCCUUGCAAGUGAUGGAGACGGUGGCGCUUCUUCCCAGUGAUGUCAAGCUGUGCAAGGAAGCUUUGGAUGUGCUGGCAGCCAUUUUACAAUCCAGCCCUGUGACAGAAGCUUCUCAAGAAGACCCCAAGGAUUCAGAAGAGAAGCCGAAGCAAGCAGAGUUAGAAGAAUCAGAAAUACCACGACUACCUGAGUACCUGAGCCGAUAUGAGGAGCUGAAUUCUAAACUGGAGUCACUUGGCAAGGUGGAGUCUGUGCGGUUGCUGACCCUGGCCACCCAGCUUGUUCAAGAAAAGCUGCCAGCACUUGAAGUGGACGACAUUGCAAAAUACAAGCAGAGACUGAAGGAGUGGGAGCAAGAACAAGCCAGUCUGGAGGAAAGGGAGAGAGAGAUGAGGGAAAAAGCCAAGCAGGAGCAAGAAGCCAGGAAAGCACCACAAGCAUCUGCUUAAGAUUGUUGUGUGUGGACCUCUGCCAGGCUCCUGGUGAGCAAUAGGAGCUGUUAGGAAAUGGGUUAGCAGCCCUGUUGUGAUUUGGCCUUGACUGUACACUGAUUAAACUGUGUUGCAUAUCCAUCCAA